AUGCGGUUCACAGAUCGAGCCUUUCUUCUCUCCUCGACUCUACUAGUGAUCCCUUCUUUGACUACGGCCUUUUAUCUGCCAGGUGUUGCACCGACCUCCUACGACGAAGGGCAAACAGUUCCGCUUUACGUCAACCACCUUACCCCCAGCCUCUCUCGCGAUGAUCAGCUUCAUUCGGUCUUCUCAUUUGACUACUACCAUCCGGCUUUUGGGUUCUGCCGACCCGCAGACGGUCCUAAAGAUGUGAGGGAAUCCCUGGGGAGCAUUCUAUUCGGUGAUCGGAUUCGCACCUCGCCAUUCGAACUUCAUAUGGCAAAGAAUGAGACCUGCAAAUCGAUAUGUGCAGAGGCCAAAUUCGAUGCCCGCAGCGCAAAGUGGACCAAUCGGCGAAUAGCUCAGGGCUACAACAUCAACUGGAUUGUGGAUGGGCUGCCAGCCGCGCAGUUGAACUAUGAUGGUGUUACCAAUACCAAAUUCUACAACCCUGGCUUCUCUCUGGGUGAGCUAGAUGACAAUGGGCAGGCUCUGCUUAACAAUCACUACGACAUUGUGAUUGACUACCAUAAGGUGGGCUUUGGCGGCAAGGAUAAAUAUCGCGUUGUUGGAGUGCUUGUCCAGCCUGAGUCUCGCAAGGACUCCCGGAAUUUAGAAGGUGGGACCGCUGAGUGUGGUACCCCAGGAAAUGGUCUUAUGCUCAACGAGGACGGGGAGACCACUGUCACCUGGACAUAUAGUGUGUACUGGAAGGAGUCGCCCACAGCCUGGGCUACCCGGUGGGAUAAGUAUCUUCAUGUCUAUGACCCCAAGAUCCACUGGUUCUCCCUCAUCAACUCGGCUGUCUUUGUGGUUUUCCUUGUCGGUAUGGUUAGCAUGAUUCUAGUCCGCGCACUCAAGAAGGAUAUUGCUCGCUAUAACAGGCUUGAUUCAUUCAACCUGGAGGAUUUGGAUAGCACUUCGGCUGCGAUCGAAGACGGAGUCCAGGAGGAUUCUGGCUGGAAGUUGGUCCAUGGCGACGUGUUCCGGUGCCCCAAAUCUCCGUUGCUACUGAGUGUGAUGGUUGGCAACGGUGCCCAGCUAUUUAUGAUGACCGGUGUGACUGUCGCAUUUGCCCUGCUUGGCCUCCUCUCUCCUUCCAACCGUGGAUUCCUGGCUACUGCCAUUCUCCUGAUUUCCGCCCUUUUCGGUGGUAUCGGUGGUUACGUGUCGGCACGAGCGUAUAAAACAUUCGGAGGCGAUGCCUGGAGGCGCAACAUUAUCAUGACACCUCUGUUUAUUCCUGGCAUUGUAUUUGGUACUUUCUUCACGCUGAAUCUCUUUGUUUGGGCCAAGGGAUCCAGCGGAGCCGUACCAUUUGGAACUAUGUUGGCACUGGUCUUGAUCUGGUUUGUUAUCAGCGUGCCCUUGAGCGUGGCAGGAAGCUGGUUGGGAUUCAAGCAAUCGCCGCUUGAGGGUCCUACCAAGACGAACCAAAUCCCCCGGCAGGUUCCUCCGAUGUCUGGUAGCCUGCGCACAAUUCCGUCGAUUCUGCUGACCGGAAUUCUCCCCUUCGGUGCAAUCUUCGUCGAGCUGUACUUCAUUAUGACCUCCCUCUGGACCAACAAGAUCUACUACAUGUUCGGGUUCCUGUUCCUCUGCUACGGCCUGAUGAUCAUUACCUCUGCGGCUACUACCGUCUUGCUAGUGUAUUUCUUGCUGUGUGCAGAGAAUUACCGGUGGCACUGGCGCGCAUUUAUGGGCGCGGGUAUGACCGGAGGAUAUGUCUUUGUGAAUGCGCUCAUUUUCUGGGCGACACGGGUCAGCUUUGGUGGAUUGACGGGGGCGGUGCUCUAUGUGGGCUAUUCGGCGUUGAUCGCCUUCAUUGUGUUUAUUCUGACUGGUUCCAUUGGUUUCUUCGCCAGUUGGGCAUUCAUCCACCGUAUCUAUGGCUCAAUCAAGGUAGACUAA